ACUAAUCGGUCCCUAAGUUUGCAAAAAAAUAAACACAAGAUUUGUGAAAAACAAUGCAUUAAUUUGAGGAUCAAUUGUAGUGAUAUCCGGGUGACCACUGAAGCUAAUCAUGAGUUCCGAUUCGACGGCCAGUUUCAGACAGGAAAUGCCACCGAAAGGUGGAUACGCGGACAUACAGUACGGCCGCGUUUUGCCGCAAAAACUGUUCAAAAACUGGACAUUGAUGACAAUGCAUGUAGUGAUGACAGGAUAUGCAUUGUAUUAUAUGAAUAAAAGGAGGAAAUAUAUGGGAAAACUGAUGAUUGAACGUUUCGAUCACUUCAAUGCCAUCGAACCACUUAUUCAGGCGGAAAGGGAUCGAGCAUAUUUACGUCACUUGAGAUACAAUCGUGAAGUGGAGAGAGAUCUCAUGAAACGGGUUCCCGACUGGAAGGUCGGCACUCUCUGGGGUCGACCUGUCUAUAGUACACUACCUGACGGUGCACUACCCGAUGUGACUCUCAAUGAGUUUUACGCUCACAGACACUCUCAGCAAUGGAGAGAUUAUGUCUUCCCCGAUAAAUGGACAUAAAAUUACAUUUAGUUUAUAUUAUAUAAUAGAUAAUAA